CUUUUCCCUCUUCCCUUCGGGGAGCUGUCCAAAAACACAACCGCAUCUUCCCACGCACUCUUAUCGCACAAAUCCUCUCCAAAAAUAAUCAAGCAAGCAAGCAACAAUGUCAACCAACUUCGUAACAAAAUGGGUCACAAGCACCGACGCCAAACCGCAGCCCUCUACCAACUCCACCUCCGCUGCCAGACCCGCCGCGCCCCCGGCUGCACCCGCGAGUCCUGCUCCGGGAUUCACUGAUACACUCCACUUGCCGUUUGAUUUUAAUGUUUAUCAGAAGCAGGAGGUCCUUAGAGACAUCGCCGCUCAGGACGGGUUGAAGAUUGCAUGCGAACCCUUGGACAACACACUUAUUAUUACCGCUGAUACCGUCCAAGCUCUCGAGAACGGCCGACACAGUCUGAACGAACUCAUCUACCACAACAAGCGCCCGGUCAUCGUUUCCAAGACACCCAUGGAGCUCAGGAUCCCCAAGCCCGACCGUCCCGGAAACUGGGGCCAGCCGAGGGAGGAGUGUGCUAAGGGCGAUGGGUACAAGUUGAUGGGUGAACGGGGUGAUUUCUGAGCUGGGUUCCGUAUGGGGGAGAUGGGGCUGCGUGCGUGCCUAUUGUGAAGGGGUUGGGGGUUUGUGUUUGUUUUCCCAUCUCGACACCGAAAAUGAAACGCUGGGCGGUUAUGGGGGCUGAUGAUCGCGGCGUAUGGAAGAGAAAAAAGGAGAACACUGGGGUCCAUCGUUUCACGCAUUUCGAAGAAAGAAUGGGCGUUGUACACGAUACAUGAAAACACUCUGUGCAUAUACAUGAUUAGCCCGUAAAAGUUCUGAACGAUUGAAAAGAGAG